UCCCGUGCGUCGCGCGCGCGCUCAGAGCUCAGUUGCAUCAGAAAUGCGUCGGGGGUCGUCGAGCGUCCCGUUGACCGGCCUGCGAAAUUUUCACGAGCCCUUCGCGUUCAGCCGCGACACAGGCCGUGGCAAUGACUUCCACCGGCAAGGCAGUUCUUGAAAGAUUCAUAAAAAUGUCUGGCUCCAUUGGCAAAUUGUACAAGCAUCCCUUUACGGUAUGCGUUGAAGGCAACAUAGGAAGCGGUAAAACAACAUUUCUAAGCCAUUUCAAAAAAUUUGAUAAUAUCACCGUGUUGGAGGAACCAGUGGAGCUUUGGCGCAACAUAUCUGGGACGAAUUUGUUGGAAUUAAUGUAUAGUGAUCCGUCUCGUUAUGCUUUCCUGUUUCAAUCUUACGUACAAUUGACCAUGCUACAAUUGCACACUUGUAAGACACCCUCGCCAUACAAGAUCAUGGAGAGGUCUGUCUACAGUGCAAUGUGCUUUAUUGAGAAUCUGAAGUGUAACAAAGUGUUGCGCGAUACCGAAGUUAAAAUACUGGAAGAGUGGUAUGACUGGUGUCUGAAAAACGCCAACAUAGAGACCAAUUUAAUAGUGUACUUAAGGACGACACCUGAGGUUGUGUAUGAAAGAAUGAAGAAACGAGGUCGGACAGAAGAGAACACCAUCUCAUUGGACUACUUAAAACAGAUUCACCAUAUCCAUGAUGACUGGCUUUAUCAUCAAACGUUGAAGCCGGUGCCAGCGCCCAUUAUAAUCAUCAAUGGUGAUCAAGAACUUCCUCAAAUGGUGGAGGAGUUCGAGAAAUGUAAAAAUGAGAUUUUCAGUAAGGUAAUAGAAGACGGUGAUGCGAACAACACGAUUAUAACAGUACCGACGACCCGUGUUCCGGAAAUUAAAGCUGGAAUUUCUGACUAAAUGUGAAAUAAAAUACAAAAAUACUGAAUUUCAAUAUAAUAUUAAGUUUUGAGAGAGAAAGAUUAUUAUUUAGUCAAAAUUAAGAUAUGUUGUGCAUUUACGCUGAUUGAUCACUGCAACUAUUGCAUUGCUUUUCGUUUAUUGUGAUACUUCAGUAGCGUCGAACGCAUUUAUCGCACAUUCUGUUAUUGCGUAGAUAUUUUUUUGCAUAUAAAAAUUUUGUAAUAAUAUAUUACGCUUAAAUAAUCGCGACAAAUUAUAAGAGUAAUUGAUGAGUUUUAAAUUAUUGACGAGAAAUGUAAAUUUGACUAAAUAUAUACAAAAUUUGAUUAAAUUAUUAAUAUCAUUGUCUUAUGUAAGAUUUGACGUAAUUAUUUCGCUAUGCAUUUAAGUAAUUCCUUCAUGUUAUAAAAACCCUAGAUGUAAUCAAAUGUUUUUAUAAACGACAAGUACAAAGUAAUCCUAGUUAGUUGAUUUUAUAUGUUAUUAAAUUUAAAAAAAAAUACGAAUAUCGAUCGAGAGGAAGAUUAUUCGCGUAAGUCACUAAAUGAUAACGAAAAUAAAGAAUUGAAUGUAAAA